CUCGGACGUGGGUGCAGCGCGCAGGCGUGACCGUUCCAGUGGGCUGUCCUUUGGAAAUAGAGUUGUGUAGAAAGUUUUAGAGUUACAGCAGGAUUCAAAGGCGGUGGAGGAUUGUUGCUUGCGCAACAGAAACAGAUGUCUUCUGAAACUCAGGAGCUGUCCAGAACAUUGACAAAUUGUGGCUUCUGUCCACGGGGAGGUCCCGAUGCUUUAGCUGUCUGCACCCUGAAGCAAAUCUUCAUCUGUCUUCCAUUGAAGCUCUUGAGACCUUUGGAAUGAAACACGACCCCUUACAAUUCCUUCUCAGGAUUCCUGACUCUACCAUAGACCUUUGAUUCUCUCUUCCAACUGAACACAGGAGGGGUGUGCCAAACCCCCAUUACAUCCCACCCUGUACAAGAAUCAAAUGAGGGACGACAGCACGAGACCCAAGAGAUGGGCCAGAUUAAGUAGCCUCACCUGAGGCCUGCUUCACACUAGAAACUGAGUACAAACAGGAGAGAGAAGUGAAAAUAUUUUAUUCCCUAACAGUCACAAGAUUUUCGUAUAAUCGAGCUGAUCUGAGGAAGACUACAUUGGGUGUUUUUUUUUUAAAGUAGGAAGUAUAUUUUGAAAUGAUUGCAUUCUUCUUGCUCGAGAUUCUUUCUGAGAAAGUGUGAAACUAAUUUUAAAAAGCACAGCAUUCCUUAGUACAAAUUAUUGGAAGAGCUUCUUUACCCCGCAAACAAAUCUGGUGCAAAAAUACAGAAGUUGGAAGUUGGAUUUGAGUUCCAGUCAAUUCCAGUCUUAUGGUAGAAUGAAGUGGUGCUGAUGAUCUUGGCUUUGUACGUCGGGUAACUGAUUUGUAGAGCUGUGUUGUUUAAGGUCAGGAGAUAAAGAGGAAGAACGAUGAGUUUGGCAAAGUUGCCCGUCUUCAAGAACCUGGUACCUGGUUCCCACAGCAAGCGGAGGCUCAAGCCGGACCUGACCACGGACAUGAUCAGCCCCCCGCUGGGAGACUUCCGACACACCAUGCAUGUGGGGCGAGGUGGUGAUGUCUUCGGCGACACCUCCUUCCUCAGCGAUCAUGGCGGCGAGAAGGCCCGCGAGGGCGCCAAGUCCAACCCCCUGAUGCGAGCACUGAGGAAUGUCAGGAAGUCCCCGAUGAGGAACAGCAACCGGGAAGUGUCUCCGCCCCCAGUGGUGUCUCCCAUUAUUAAAAACGCAGUCUCCCUGCCUCAUCUGUUGGAGACCAAGAAUGGGUCAGUGGAACGACUCAACUUCAAAACCGUGAUGUCAAGUCCAGGAGUAAUAGACGGAUCAUACGGACUGGAGUCAGGAUUCUGCACCCUUCCCAGAUGGUCCAGGCUGGAGAAACCCAAGGAUACGUCAUCCAAGGUGGAGCCAGCAAAGCCUCUGGAGGAGCUGGAUGUGGUGGACUUGGAGUUGCCUCGCACGGACUCCCUGCUGUCCUUCAGCCUGGAUCUGGGGCCUUCACUGAUGAGCGAGGUGCUGGCUGUCAUGGGGCCCGAAGGCCAGGUGGAGAAUGAAUCCCCACACAUCCCGGAGAACGGGGCAAGACUAGUGAAGUUCCACCUGGAUGGACCUCUUGACCAGCGGAAUGGCACAGGCCACCACAGCAACUGCGCCGAUUCGCUUGGAGACGACGGGCAGGCCUUUGGCAGAGGGCCUUCGCCCAGUGGGUCACAGAGGUGGUAUGAGCAAGUGACCAGGCAGGAUGAGCUGGAGGGUGUCAAGAUGGGGAAACUGCCCCCACGGCACUUCGAGGGCCUGAACGGCAAGGGAGGCAACGCCAGCGAGGCAUGGGAUGCCCCCCUUUCUCCCAGCAAGACUACCCAUGCUCAAGAUGGUAGCCCACUGCUGGGUCGCUGGUCUGUCUCCACUGCUUGGCAUCCUGAUGAUGAGGGUGCCCCCAGCACACGGGCAAGCUGGAGGCUAUCGAGGCCACGAGUCCCUGCAGAUGGAGAGGAGGCCGAGCCCGGGCACUGCCAGCAUCGGUGGGAGAACCAGCUGCUCCCCGCUGAGGGUGCAGGCUUCAAUCCCCUGAAGGCUGAGGCCUUCGCCUUCGCCGACGAGGAUGAGGAAAUCCGGGUAUAGUCCAGGACGACGGAAACCUCAGAUUCUCCACUCAUUGAUUACCAGAUCUUGUCUUCAAGGAAAAUCCACCAAAAGAAAACUGAGGGUGCUGGAAAUCUGAAAUAAAAAAGAGACAGGAAGCAUUCAGUAGGUCGACAAGCACCUGUGGAGAAAGAAACAGCUAACAUUUUGGGUUCAGCGCCCUUCAACAAAACUGGUGUUUUUCUAGGGUUAUCUUAAAGGAUUUUUUUUUAAUUACUGCCUUUAUUGGUAAUACAUUGAAGCCACUUUAAGAUCAUUUCCCAAAGAGAUGAACAAGGCAGGAAUGCUUUCUGUGGUAAGUGUGUCACCAAAGAACGUGCUUCCAGUUCUUGGUCUCAGUGGAGUUGGUUGAACUUGGCUGUUGUCUGAGGUCAUUCAUGGUGUCUCGGGCUCAGGAAGGGGAACAGGUGGGUGUUACUCUUGGUAGCCUUCAUAACAUUGGUGGGCAGGUGGGUGUGGGGGGGAUAAGAGGGCAGAGUUGAGCCCUCCCAUGGUCACAUGAAAACCUCCUGUAUCCAGAAACUUUGGAUUUAAAGAUUAAGUAUUAAAGAAUAACUUUAUUUGUUACAUGUACAUCGAAACACACAGUGGCAUGUGUUGUUUGCAUCAAUGAUCAAUGCGGGCCUGGAUACGUGCUGCGGGCAGCCCACAAAUGUCGCCACACUUCCGGCUCCAACAGAGCAUGCCCACAAUUUACUAACACCAACCCGUACGUCUCUGGAAUCUGGGAGGAAACCGGAGCACCCGGAGGAAACCCACGCAGUUACAGGGAGAACGUACAAACUCCUUACAGAGAGCGACAGGAAUUGAACCCCGAUCGCUGACGCUGUAAAUCGUUACGCUUACCACUGCACUGAGGUGCCUCCCAGCCCCAGAUGUGACCUGAUUUCCCGGGUUCCAGUGAACUUCUGAAGUCUGUAGGCCAAAGGCCUGUUCACUGACUCUUAACAAAAAUAAAUUUACAAAAAGAUGGAAGUGGGAACUCGGAAAUUAAAACAAACUGCUGGUAAAGCUCAGCAGGCUGGGCGGUGUCUGUGGGGGGGGGUGGGAUGG